UGGGGAUUUUUAAGCUGCUGGAGUUUGUUCAGUUCUAUUCUGCCAUUAACUGAAUCUAAAAAUUUAGACUUGGCUUAGAGUGAGAUAUAAAAUGACUUUCCUUCCAAAGUGGUUAAUUUUUCUAAAAGGCAAAGAGGUUGUUAUUGCUAAUGCUAUAAUUGCAAUAGUAACAAUUGGUGGGCAGCAGCUUUUCUCUUUUUUUACAUUCAGCUGUCCCUGUCACGUUGGGCAGAACCUUAUCUAUGGGCUGGCUUUCCUUGGAGUUCCUGCACUUAUUCUUCUGAUUGUUGGCUAUGCGCUGAAUAACCAGACUUGGAGGCUGGUUACAGGCAAAAGGUCUCUUGAGGGACAGACUACACCAAACCAAUCACUGCAAUGCAAACUGGUCUGCUUUGUCUUAUGCAGCAUCACUGGGAGAGCACUGGUUGCUCCAGUAACCUGGCUGGCAGUCACCCUGAUAAAUGGUUCAUAUUAUGUGUGUGCUGUAAGUGAGUAUGUCCCUGUGCAUUAUUAUGAAGCUAAUCCUAAUAUUACUGCCAGUGAACGUAGUAGGAUACUGGCUGCAUUUCCAUGUAGUCAGUUAGUUCCUCCAGAACUAACUCGGGCAAGAGAUGAAGUUAUUCUCCUUCUCCGAUACCAGUCACAAGUGGCUGGCUGGCUUCUGAUUGCUGUGGUAGUCAUCACUGUCUUCCUGUCUUACUGCCUGGCAAGCUGCUUCUCCCCACUCAGCUUUCUACAUUUCAGAUACUGGAGCAGCUAUGUCCACAAUGAGCAGGAGCUCUUUGACGAAGCAACAGACCAGCACUCCAGGCUCUAUGCCAUGAAGCAUGUAAGGAAGUUCUUUGGCUUUGCCCCAGGAAGUGAAAAUGUAAAGGAAAUCCGUAUUCCAUCUCUCAAGGAGUGGCAAGCCAUUUCUGGACUGGCCUUUCUGAAACGAGUGGAUGCAGAGCACUAUGACUACAGUCUUCUCCACGACUGGGCACUCAAGGGGUCUGCAAAUGGGAAAUACUUGAAGACUGAUGAAGACCCUGUGAUCAGAACACAGGUCUGAGGGCCACACUCCCACCAACACCUUGCAGAUAAGCAGGAUAUCAGCCUGAUCUGGAACUUUCCAAUGCCUUAUUGCAUUGAUAUGUACAGUAUGUGAACAAGUACAUCUUGUUAUUUUAGUCCUUUAGCACAUGCUUACAGAUACUUUUCCUGAUGGUGCCUGACUCCUGUGGGUCUGAUAGUUUAUGUCUAGAUUAGGGUGGCCUGUUUAAAGCUGCAGCUCCCUCCUUCUAAUAUUUGUGCUAAAAGGAUGUGUACAUACUAGGAGAGAAAGUCAUUCCCAAAUGCUUUUCCUUUCCUACCAUUAAAAAAAAAAUUAAAAAUAGCUAGGCCCUGAUUGAAUCCUAGGAGACAGUCCAUUCUGUGCAGAACAAAAGCAGAUAUUCAGCUUUGUCUUGGUGCCCCCUAGCAGAAAUGCCUUAUUUUUUCUCUUCUGCAUUUUUCUUGUAGUGUGUGAAUAUACUGAGCUAACCACAAGUAAAGCUUGUGUCUACAGCAGCACAGAAGCAGGGGAAGCUUCAGCAAUGAAGACUAAGUGUAGAUACAGCGUUAAGUGAACUCCCAGUUCUGGUCAGGAGAUAAAAUGCCCACUGAGAAGCGCAGGAUGAAGGAGUGUGAUAUAUAUCAGCUGUAUGAACACUUACAUGUGGAAAAUAAAAGUUCAAAUCUAUUUCAGCUGAAAGCAGUAAUAAGGUCAGUCUCCUAUUCCUUCUAGAUAGACUUGAAAACCUCUUUGGUACUUGUAUACUUGCUCACUAUACUAAUAGCUAAUCUGGAUGGGAUACAAAUCUCAUUCUCUGUGCAAGGUCUGCUUUGCCUGUGAAAAACUUGCAAUUUAGUCAUGCUACUGUGAUUAAAAUCUACUGAAUUUAGUGAGAGAAGGUUUCAUGAUGUUCUGUUAAUUCAGUAUGGUAUGAUGUCAUAUUACUGCCUCUCAUCUCCUUUCUAACUCCCUGUGCAGCUGUUUUGAACUCUAAGGGUGGAGGGGGGAAGGUGGAAUCCAUACACGGACUUUUUCCUCAUGCUUCCUGUGUUGCCUUGCUAUGUGCAUAUGUACAUGUGUGUGACAAAACCAUAUGCUAGACUGUAUGAUGCUAUCUGCUGUUAAUAAAUGACCACAGAGUACUCAAGUGGAAAAAUACAAUUAUUUACUACAUCUUAGUAGGAAAUGAAAGAGCCUUGUUAAAUUGUAGAUCUUGGUGAAUGUGUUUAGUCAUGAAGAAUUAAACUUCUAAACAAAAACA